UAAUUGUUAUAUGGUUAUAAUGAGGCACUCUCAUGAUCACUGCAUCAACUUGAAUGGUUGAGGUUUGGUGGCUGGUAACAUGGAUGCCUAGGAAUGAACUUGGUAACCAUGUUCUACACCAUAAUAACACACAUACACAUUUAUAUUAAAAACAAUUCGCAUCAAUAUACCUCCCUUUUCAGUUUUGAUUUGUGAGCAAUUAACCUAAUUUAUUAUACUAAUUACUAAAAAUAUAAAAUUAUUUUUUUUAAUUGUUUUUUAAGUUUCAGAGAUGUGGUACAUAUCGUCUCGAAAAAUCACUGUCACUAUCCAAAAAUCCCAAGAUAGAAAACCCCAAUGUCUGAUAUUUUUGAGGAGGCCAGUAGCUUGAUUGAAGAGUGUAGGAAGGAACUGCAGAUGUUGGUUUGAAGAAGGGUCUCGACCCGAAACGUCACCUCGUCAUUUUCUCCAGAGAUGCUGUCUGAACUGCUGAGUUACUCCAGCUUUUUGUGUCUAUCUUUAGCUUGAUUGAAGGGAUGUGUCAACUGAAAAUACUCCAAACCAAAGGAGGAUGGAGUAGCAACUUCGAGAUGUGCGUCUCUUCCAUCAAACGCUAGAGGGCACAACUAAACUGUCCAAUUCCAUGGUCGAAACAAAAUGCUGGAGUAACUCAGCGGGAUGGGCAGCAUCUCUGGAGAGAAGGAAAGGGUGACGUUUCGGGUCGAGACCCUUCUUCUGUCCAAUCCCAUGCUUUGAAUGCUUUUAGAACCAUUCACUGCACGGAUACAGAUUGUGAGCACUAUAUGUUUUUUAAUUCACUUCCAUUACAGGUGUAGAUUGACCGUGAAAUAUGUAUCAAAUAUAGUUAUUUGCGAUUUUUUACACAAGAGUGGUCUCAAGUGUGCAUGAGCCUGAGAUACAACGUUUCUCACUGUUAAGUUUUAUUCAGACGCCGUGUGAAGGACCACACAUGGAUGUUUGCUGAAUGCCUAAGUACGACAGACCUGUAAAAUCUAGAGCCGAAAGGAGGAAUACAACCCCUAGCAUUGGUCUGCAGCGUUGGUCAGGAUUUCAAGUUGUUUCACUUGUGGCCUCCGGCGUCGAUUUCCGCAACGAGAUUACAGCCCAAGCACAGAACUGUCCCGGUGAUAAACAACGUGUGGGCAACGCCACGGCCACAGCCACGGCCAUCCUCGGCAAAUUCUUGACCGAAAUCUUGCACUUCUUUCUGAAGGACCUAAAGAGUUACUUGGCUCUCGCUGCCAAACGAAUCUUGGCCGAGCCGCUCUGCAUGUUCCAGCACUUUGUGCAAAGUGGAAACAAUUGCUGGUUUAACCCAGAAGAAAGGGAGAUGACGCCUAACUCUGAGAUGAAGGUUCCUCUGCUGUGCUCUACUUUCCUCUUCAAGGCAUUUACUUCCAUAUUCUGCCUACAGAUUACCAUAUAAAAUAACCUCCAAAAUAGCCUUUACCAAACUGUGGCUAUAGCUGUUACAAUGGAAUCUAUCCUUUUAUAAUUUUGUUUUGAGUUCCAGCAAUUGCUAAAUCAUCGUUCCAAGUUGUUGCCUCUAAAAAUGGUUUGUCAAUGAACUUCAUGCUUAGUGCUCUGGAACUUGUAACUGAAGGACUCUGAUGUUCUUUGGGAGACUCAGUGGGAACGCAUUACUGCAGGUAUGGCAGUGAGCGCAGUGAAGUCAAUGUAUUGGGAAGUGUUCCCUCCAAUGCCCACUAAGCGAGUGUACUGCACUCCUGUGUAUCAGGACAGGCAAUUAUUUGUAUUCGGAGGCUGCAGUGAGACAGGAUUGCCUCUGGACAAGGUGGAAAUGCUGGACGUAGUCAGUCAGAAGUGGACGGGGCUUCCCUCGAUGCCCACUCCACGCGCUGGGGCUGCAGUCGCCAUUCUGAACAAGCAAAUCCUCACCAUUGGAGGCAUGAAUGAAGACCAGUGCCCCCUAGGAUCAAUGGAUGUCUUUAACAUGGACGAAGGCAAGUGGGAGAAGAAAGCACCACUGGGACAACCUUCAAUGGGAAUCACAGCUGUCAAAAAAGACGGCAAGGUGUACGCUCUGGGAGGGAUGGGCUUGGAGGCCGCCCCACAGGCACUGGUACGCGUCUACGAAGCAGACAGAGAUCACUGGCAGCCCUUGCCACCGAUGCUGACCCCACAGUACGCUGCCUCUGCCUUCCUCAAGAGCAACAAGAUCUUUGUCCUAGGAGGAAGACAGGGUAAGCUACCAGUGACGGCUUUUGAGGCCUUGGACCUGGAAACAAAGAGCUGGACCAAGUAUCCCUGUAUCCCGAGCCGCCGUGCAUUUGCUAACUGUGCCAUGACUGAGACAUGCUUUUACAGCCUGGGUGGUCUACAGCAACCAGGUCCUCACAACUUCUACUCCAGGCCACACUUUGUCAACACGGUAGAAGAAUUCGACAUGGAACAAGGAAAUUGGUUGAAACAGUCCCGCUCCACACGGAUGAGGGAGAAGCGUGCAGAUUUUUCUGUGGGUCACGUUGGAGGAAGAAUGAUUGCAGCUGGGGGUCUAGGAAACCAACCAGUACCACUUGGAUCAGUCGAAGGGUUCAAUCCUGUCAAGAGGAAAUGGGAAAGUCUACCUCCGAUGAAUUUCCCGCGUUGCUCUUGCGCCAACCUCCAAGUCGACAACAUGCUCUUUGUGAUCGGUGGUGUUGAACAGGGACCCAGUAACGCUGUGGAAGCCUUGUGUGACCGAGAGAGCAUCUGAACCGUGUGAAACUCUGAAACAGUCAUGGCGUAGAUCAACCGUUAAUUCAAUUACGGGCUUCUUGAUUAGUGUUCCUGUCAGUGUUGUUUGAAGAAUAUACAUGUUAUCAGUGAACGCUUUUAAAAUAACUGUUGUGAUACAAAGGCGCAUAAGAAACUCUUAAACACAAGGGUGAUGUUUCCUUGUAGAACUAGUUGAGUAUUUUCAUUCUUAACAAAAAAAACAAAUUGCUGGAGUAACUCAGAGGGUCAGGCAGCAUCUCUGGAAGACAUGCAUUGGUGACGACUCGUGUCAGAUUGCACUGUCUCAAACAAAAUGUGGUCAACUGUAGAAUGAUGAGAAACUGAUACAACUUUUAGACGGAAUAGGAGAUGAAUGUACACAAGUGAGAGUGGAUCUCACAGUUGCAAAACGAGCAUUAAAUUAAGGAACAAUGGUUGAAGCAUACAGAAUGCAAAAUGGCUCAAUAAAUUGUAGGUAAUCACUUAUUCUGCUGAAUUCCCUUAAUUUGCAAGAGGAAACCUUAUUAAUAGAAAAUUUGGGAAAUAAUUUAACAAAAUUGUUGGUGUUUCCUGUAUUGAGCAAUAGGUCUGAUCCUUGUAUCAAAGGCCACAGUGGUGGCACAGCGGUAGAGUUGCUGCCUUACAGCGCCAGAGUCCCAGGUUCGAUCCUGACUACGGGUGCUGUUUGAACGGAGUUUGUAUGUUUUCCCUGUGACCGCGUGGGUUUUUUCCGGGCGCUCCAGUUUCCUCCCACCCUCCAAAGACGUGCAGGUUUGUAGGUUAAUUGGCUUUGGUAAAAUUACAAAUAAUCCCUAGUGUGUAGGAUAAUGCUUUACAGGGUGAUCGCUGGGCGGCGCGGAUUCGGUGGGCUGAAGUGCCUGUUUCCGCGCUGUAUCUCUAAAGUCUAAAGCCAAGCUUUGGAGUCAAAAUUGUUCAAAUAAAUGUGAGAGACACAUAUUAGUAUCAGAUUAUUGGCCAUUAGGGCAUGCUUGAAGCAUAGUCCCAGUUUUAGAUUAUUAUUAGAAAUGCUGCAGAAGGAGUAUGAAUAAUAAUAUGGUAAUCAAAGGACUCGUAUCUUUCACAGCAAUUAAACCCCUGGAAGAAUACAGUAAAUUAACAAACUAUGCCGAGUGUGCAUUAUGUGGCUCGGAAUUAAUACAAUUCCUGUGAGCUUCCUGUACUAACAUUACUCUGUGCUGUAUGAUUUUUAUAGUCUUAUUCACCGGAUAGAGUGCAGAGACAUUCUUGUUGUGCUCUUCCAGUUCUGUAAUUGACGUUUCUUUAAUAAUCUUAUGUAUGUGGUAAGAAUUUUGAAGUAAAACAUCAUUGGUUCAAGUGAAGCCAUAUAUAGAAAGCGCUGCUCAGUAGGUUGGGGAAUUCUGUGGAGAACGGACAGAACUGUGCAAUUGUGAGUUAAUGGUUGAGGUCAAUGAUCAUUGCAGUGAAAUGUUAACCCUGGUUCUUUCACAACAAAUGUUGAGCAUUUCCAGCAUUGUCCCCAGCAUCUCCAGUGUUUUGCUUUUGAAGUCAUAUAUAGUUGUGCUACUAAAGUGCAGAGUAUUAUCCACUGUACACUAAGGUUCCCAGAACAAUAGAAAACCCUCUUUAUUUGCUAUCAUGUUCUAUCAGUAGUCCUACACCAGGUUAGGUUCAGUCAGGCAAACUUGCAUUGUUGCAUGUUCAAAUGUUCUGUAGUUCCUGUGGCAAUACCAAUACACAAUUCCUUGAUACCAAACUAGUGAAAGUAUUGUGAAAUUUUUGGGGAUUGUUUCAGAGUGUAAAUAUUUUUUCUGUUGUGGCGCUACAUUAAUUAAAUGAAUACUCUCUGUUGCAUUCUCUUUUGGGUGGCACAGUGGCACAGCGAGUCAAUUGGCCUCUGUAAAUUGCCCCUAGUGUGUAUUGAGUGGAUAAGAAAGUGAGAUAACAUAGAACCAGUGUGAACAGGUGACCGAUGGUCAGUAUGGAUUCAGUUGGCCAAAGGGCCUGUUUGCAGGCCGUAUCUUUCACUCAAUCAACCAAUCAAUAUGUUAAUAUUGAAUUAAUAUGGUCAUUCUGACAUUCCAUGUCGUGUUACUCGUGCAAAAUCCCAUGGUGCCAUUCGUACUACGAACAUUUAUUACGCUAUUGGAAAUAAAGGUUCUAUUGUAUUGUUACAUCAUUUCCCACUAUAAUAUGUCCAUAAACAAGUGUGUCAAAGGUGUUUGCUUCAUUCCCAUUCCAUCGCCUCCACUAUUGCCCACAUGAGCUCUCAUAUUUGUUCUAGUCUAAUAUCUAUUGAUCUAUAGAAUCCAAUCCAAGGUUCUCACCCAUUCAGAGAAAUAUCUAUAGUAUUGGCAUUCGUGAGAGAUAGACACCAAAUGUUGGAGUAACUCAGCGGGUUGGGCAGCAUCUCUGGAGAAAAAGGAUGGGUGAUGUUUCGGGUACUGACCCUUCUUCAGACUGAAAGUAAGGGCUCGGGGAGGGAGUGAAGAGCUGGAGAAAAUACCAGUGCUGGCCAGAAAUGACGUCAAGCAGGGCAGUGCCUCGUAGAUCAUCAGGGAAGGUGUGAUCUCAAAAGGGAAACCGUGGACGACUGUGGAACUGGUCAAAUGACCAAGAAGGAGGAAGGGAGUAAGAGGGUGGGCGAGGAAGAGGAAUGUAAGUAGAAUUACUUAAAAUUAGAGAAUUCAAUGAUCAAACUGCUGGGUUUCAAACUACCCAAGCAAAAUAUUCGGUGCUGUUUCUCUACUUUGCCUCACUCUAGCAAUGGAGGGGGGCCAGCACAGAAAGGUCAGUCUAGGAAAGAGAAGGAGAGUUUAAAUGGUUGGAAACCGGGAUAUCCCGUAGGCCUAAGUGGAGCGAACACAAGUGUUCAGCGAAAUGGUCGCCUAGUCAACGUUUGGUCUUGCCGAUGUACAGGGGCCCACAUUGGGAACACCAGAUGCAGUAGAUGAGAUUAGAGGAGGUACAUGUGAACCCCAGUCCAACUUGAAAGGACUGUCGGGGUCCUUGGUUGAAGUCGAGCGAGGUGGUAUAAGGACAGGUAUUGCAUCUCCUGCAGCUGCAGAAAGUACUUGGGAGCCAGUGGUUUGGGUGGGAAGGGGUGAGUGAACCAAGGAGUUGUGGAGGGAACGGUUCCUGUGAAAUGAGGAAAGGGGUGGAGAUGGGAAGAUGUGGUUUGCGUAUGGGGAUGAAGGAGGCCCAGGAUAGAAAGGUCAGUACAGGUGCCUCACUCUGGCAAUGUCCACCCCUCUCUGCCUUCCGCAACUCCUUGCUUCACUCAUCCCUUUCCACCCAAACCACACCCUCCUCAGCUACUUUCAAGGAACAGUAAUACAUUAUCUAAAGACUAAAGGAGGUCCCUAUGUAACUGAGGCUCUUUUAGCAGCACCAGCCCUUUCAUAUAUUUUAAGGCUAUUUUACAGCAAUACAGUCAGUAUGAAGCUCAUUUAAGAAUAUUAACGCCGUGAUUUAUAUGGAAACGUUGCCCGGUGAUAAUCGUUCCAGUGCAUUAACAAUGCCCUAGUUUUUUAAGUUUUAUUCCAAUGUGAUUGAUGUAUUUAGCAAUCUGUACCUGAUAGAGCUUCCCGUAAAAAAUUUAAAUCAUUAUGGGCUUGUUUAGGAGUGGCACGACAACACUGUAUGUGUUAAGAUGUCUAUUAUACUGUUACACUAAUGUAACAAAUAGGGGUCACGUAGUUCCUGUAUGAUUGUAAUAAUAUCAUGUAUCAUAUUUUGCACAUAAUGCAAAAAAGUUCCCAUAAGUAACAUCACAGUGUAAUUGAUGUGAUAGUUGUGUUACACUAGUGUUAAUGAAGUUACUGCAGUGGUGCAUUGUCAAUAUGAUUCUUCAAUAGCAUUUCCUCAAAGGGAACAGUAGGAAUUCCCAAAACCAGUGCACACAUGAGCACUCAAAAUGAUGCCAAUAGUAUAAGUGAAGUGUAAGGCAGCAAUUUUAGCAAAUCAGUAUUAGUAAAAUACCUCUAAUAAUUGUGGGGUUGUAAUUGUAGUAUAAUUUCUAGUAGUUGUAUCUGUCCACUAGAUGUUUACUACAGAAAGUCAGAGUUCAUGUGAGCGUUCUGCCAAACGACAUCUCCAUUUUCUUAAUGUAGUUUGUGAGAUGAUCCUUUAGAUUUGCUCCACACUGAGUGAGAGAUUCUUGCCCUGUUCCAGUGCUUAUAAUAUUCUUCAGGCAUUGCUAUACCACACUGAGCACCACAAACUUCCCUCAUUAUGCCAAACCACCAUGCUAUAACAAUGGAGCACCGUGCCGCAGCUGGUAGAGCCGAUGCCUCACAGAGCCACAGACCCGGGUUCCAUCCUGACUUCGGUUGCUGUCUGCGUGGAAUUUCAACAUUUUCCCUGUGACCUCGUGGGUUUCUUCUGGGUGCUCUGGUCUCCUUCCACAUCCAAAGAUGAGCAGCUUUGUAGGGUAAUUGGCCUCUGUAAAAUUGUCCCUAAUAUGUUGGGAGUGCAUGAGAAAGGGGGAUGUCAUAGAACUAGUGUGAAUGAAGGAUCGUUGGUUAAUUAGCCAGAGGGUCUGUUUCCAUGCUGUAUCUCUAAACUAAACUAUGAGGCCCGUACAUCAAAGGUGGAUUGCUGCAGUUAAGAACCCAAUACAAAGAUUUCCCUUAAGUUUGAACAUUAGGUUGGUCAUCUGCACAGAAAACGAGGUACUUAUUAAAGUAGUACCUUUCAGUGUUAGCCAGAGAUGCUACAAAUAUUUUUUUUUAAUUUAACAUGAACGGAAAUUUAAAAACAAUAAAAAAAGGCUUAUGUCUUUGGCUGGAUAAAUUAUUUUAUUUGUGUUUACUUAACAUUGUUUCUCAACAUCAGGCUCGAUCACAAGUUCACUGUUUAAAACUCUUUAAAACUUUCUCCGCCCCGGAGAUGUCGUCUUCCAUUUCUUGUGUGAAGUAUUAAAUAAUUAAUUAUUUGCUCUGAGCUUUCGACUGUCAAUUCAAUUUACAGCACUUUGUG